GUGUACACAAAUUUUAGACUAGACAUUGACAGAUAGAUUGUAAAUUGUAAUUUAUAAAAUAAUUUGAGCAAUUUUCCUCGUGUAGUCACGAAUUUUAGUAAUCAAACCGAUUUAAUAUCAAGGAAAUAAAAAUUUCGAACUAAUUAUGACAAGAUAUGCUCGAGCCAAAGGCUCAAAAGCAUCUAACGAAAAGACACCAGAAGAUAGUACACCAUGGGAGUUGAUGAAAGAACAGCUUUUGCUGGCGAAAAGGGAAAAGGAGGAGUCGAAGAAUAGAAAAGAGGCAGAACAACAAAGGAUACAAAAUUAUGAGAACUUCUUGAAAGAACAGAGGGUACAGAAAAGGAAAGCAACAUGGUGUGAUUUUCCUGAAGUAGCCAAAGUCAGCCAAAUCAAAUCUGAGAAGAAAAAGAAGAGAAAAGAUAUUAAUUCUAAUGAAAACAAGGAAUCUGAGUCUUCACCAACACUUAAUGCAACAAAUGAUGAACAUACGGAAACUCCACCCAAAAAGAAGAAAAAGAAAAAUAAACACAAAAAUAAUGACAAUGGUAUUCAGGAACAGAAUGGUAAUACAAUUACUGAGAUAAAUAAAACUGAGGAUGAAACCACCUCUCCAAACAAGAACAAGAACAAGAAAAAGAAGAAGAAAAAUAAAAAUGAACACAUUAACACUAUGCAUGAACUGAAGCAGGAUAACAAUAAACAAGGCACUAGUGCAGUAGAAAGUCAAGAAAAACAAUGCAAGAGCAAGAAGAAUAAAGGUGAUCAGGCAUCAGAAGUGGUUCAUGUUUCUAACGAGCAGAAUGAAAAACACGAAAAUUCAGUUCAAAAUAAACAAAACAUAAAUAAUACUACACAGUCUUUGAAGAAAAAGAAAAAUAAACUGAUUAAUGGUAAACCUCAGCGAAGGAAAGACAUAAAUGAUAAGAGUUUUCAACUUAUAAUAAAUGGUAAAGAAGUAGAGCUUCUUAGAGUCGAUGGUUUCCCAGUCAUGAAGAAGGAUGCUGAGCGUUUAAAUGAAUUAAAGAAAAAUAUGAUUCAGAAAGGAAUUCCUAAGAGUGAAAUACAGAGAACAAUGAAACUGGAACGUAGAAGGGCCGAAAAGGCUUUGGCUAGGGUUCGGAAAGAAGUUUGUUAUAACUGCAGGAAAGGAGGUCAUAACUUGUCAGAUUGUCCAGACUUGAAAUCAAAGAUACCUGGGGUGGAGGCGGGUGAAGGGAUUUGUUUUAAAUGUGGGUCAACCGAGCACAGGCAGUUUGAGUGCAAGGUCCAGAGAGAUAAAGAAUUCCGUUUUGCAACAUGCUUUAUUUGCAAAGAACCUGGUCAUAUCGCCAGACAGUGUCCAGACAAUCCCAAAGGCUUGUAUCCUAACGGAGGCUGCUGCAAACUGUGUGGAGACGUCACUCAUCUGAGGAAAGAUUGUCAUACAGUUACUGAUAAGAAGGAAGAGAAAAAUAUAAAAUUAUCCACAUUAGACAGCACUGAUGAUGUGGAAGGUAUAGUUCAACAACCCACUAAUGUUACAAAUGAACCAGCCAAGAAGGUAAAGAAGAUUAAGUUUUGAAAAUGUAUAUUAUGGACAAAUAAAACAAUUGAAAUAUU